CAUGAAGAAGAAAUGCUGUAUGGAGCGCUAGUCAGUGAGGAGCUGGAGAAUGCUGUGCGUGCGGUACUUGCAAACCUGGAUGGUCUUCACCCCUUCACCACCCAGCAUUUCAACAUUUUUCCGUACAAAAGUAAAUGGGAACAAGUGUCCAAAAUGAAGUUCAUGAAAGAGGGUGUAAAACUGUCUCCGUACCCCUUCCUUAUCACGCUGUAUGUGGAGUAUCGUGAACCAGCCUUUCCAUAUUCAGUGAAAAAUACCAAUGCCUGGAACACACCGGAGAAACAGUCUAUAUUGAAAAGUCCACUGUGUACUAGUGAGCCAAUGAGGACAGACCAAGCUACUGCAAUGGAUCAUCCAGAAGAGGGCACUAUGAACCAACACAAGUAUACUAAGCAAACCCCAGUGUGCUUUCAGGAGUCCCCUUCCUCGGCCAGUGGUGCAGAAGAGAUGGUUUGUGGCAGUAAGAUUCAUGCUGAUUCACAUGUGACUUGUCUUCCACCACCAAUUGUGCAUGAUGCUGCCCCUGAAAGUCCUGACCCAAAUUCAACAACUGGACAGAACACUGGGAUCAUCACUAGAAUGGCCAGCUCGCUGUUCCCCUUCUCUCUGUUCUUCCGUAAGAGUCCUGCAAAUUAAAAAAUCCAAACCAUCACUCCUUUACACUUACAGAGAAGAAAGAAAAAGCUGUUUAAAUUUUAAGCUUCUUCAAGGUUUUGAAUUGCACUUGGUUCGUUUGUGAUGUUGGUGCAUUCUGUUUGUGUAAUUCUUCAAAACGUUUCAUUUUAACUGUGUUCGAAUGAGAGUUUCAAAUAUAUACUAAUAUUUCAAACAGUUGCUUUGGGUGAAAAUUCCUUUUGCUGCAUGUCACUGUCAGUAAGCCUGAAAUUACAUUGUAUGUUCUUUUAUGUGCAUUCACCUGAAUAGGGUCGUUAGAACAGCGAGUUUUGUUGGCUUUUUUGUGUUUUUGUGUGUCUGAGUGUGUGCGUGUUGUUGCAGCGUUCACUAAAUUGAGUUUGUGUGUGGCAGACCACUCUCAAGAAGGUGAGGUCAUCGGCCAAGGCUAUACACGCCCGAUCCUCUUGUCUCAAAAUCCACACCUGCUUCUGACUGCCUUUGCAAAUGAUUACAGGAUCAGCAAAGAAUUAGUUGAAGCUCUCCUGUAUCUGUCAAAGACUUC